AGGAGGUCUGGAGGAGUUGCCUGUCUCAUUGCCGUCGUCGUCGCGGGGUGAUGGCCGUGGGCGGGGUUUGGAGGCGAACUUCUUCCCUCCUCGCGAGAAAUUGUCUUUCUUGUGUCGGACCAUUUUGCUGUAAAUCAGGCAGUUGACUUAGUAGGUCCAGAGGGCCAGAGAAGCGCUUAGCCCUCGUACAGAAAUGUGGUGCUGGGAGUGAAAGAUCGAUAGAUAUGCGGCUUCGGAAAAAGAGUCGAGCAUGGGGGGUUUUCAGUGGAGCCGUCAGUAGCUCCGCGAACCGCCCCGUCAUCAUCAAGCCAAGUCUCCAUCACCGAAUCGAACAACGCACCAGCACGUUUGCUCCUCGCGGGAGUCCAGCCAUUGCAUCUUGCGACGAUACCGCGCGCAUACAACGCUUAUCAUUGUACAUUGACUUUCCCCGUCAAUCUGGAGGCAGCUUCAGCACGCAUGGCAGCUAGGGACCGGUUCGGUGCCUAUGCUGAACCUGGGCUAUCACCUCUCCAGCGGGCUAUACAUAAUGCAUGCGAUCCUGCCAAUUACGAGCCUAACCUUGCCCUGAAUCUCGAAGUCGCGGACCUGAUAAACUCCAAGAAAGGCAAUGCCCCUCGAGAUGCCGCUUUUACGAUAGUCCGUCUUAUCAAUUCGCGCAAUCAGAAUGUCUCCUUGCUGGCGUUGGCGCUUCUCGAUAUAUGUGUCAAGAACUGCGGCUAUCCUUUCCAUCUGCAGAUCAGUACAAAAGAGUUUCUAAAUGAAUUGGUGCGACGAUUCCCGGAAAGGCCACCGUUGCGGCCCUCCAGGGUGCAAUACCGGAUUCUGGAAUCGAUCGAGGAGUGGCGCCAGACAAUAUGCCAGACGUCUCGAUACAAAGAGGACUUAGGCUUCAUUCGGGAUAUGCAUCGCCUUCUCCUGUACAAGGGCUACACGUUUCCAGAGGUCCGCCACGAAGACGCGGCUGUGCUAAAUCCCAGCGACAAUCUUCGAUCAGCGGAAGAGAUGGAAGAAGAAGAGAGGGCAGCUCAGUCAGCCAAAUUGCAGGAGCUCAUCCGAAGAGGUGGACCUGAAGACUUGCAGGAGGCUAACCGCUUGAUGAAGGUGAUGGCCGGAUAUGAUACCAGACAUAAGACAGAUUACCGGGCCAAGGCCGCAGAAGAGGUUGCAAAGGUUCAGCAGAAGGCUAAGAUCCUUGAAGAGAUGCUGCAGAGCCUCAAGCCUGGUGAUAAGGUCGCGGAAGGAGAUGUGUUUGAGGAGCUCGCCAAUGCGCUCCAAAGUGCCCACCCGAAGAUCCAGAAGAUGUGUGAAGAGGAGGCAGACGAUACUGAGGCUGUCCGAAAGCUGCUGGAGAUCAACGACAGCAUACACAGAACCAUUGAGCGUUAUAAGCUCGUUAAGAAGGGCGAUGUUGAGGCAGCUUCCAAGAUCCCGAAGGGCACGUUGGGCACGAGCACAGGCGUAUCGAAGAAUGCCGACAAUGAGUUGUCUCUGAUUGACUUCGACCCGGAGCCAAGCUCUAACGGCAACGAGUCGAGCGCAGCGGCACAGGGUGCCAGCUCUCUGGAAAAUGAUCUGCUUGGUCUGUCUUUCCAGGACAGGCCGCCAGCGCCGAGCGGUGGCAUCUCCCUGGGAAUAGAUACCCCUUUCCCCCCUGCAGUGGGUUCAGCUACUAUGGUAUCCAGCUCUUCGACACAGCAGCCUGCCUCCUUCAGGCCGAACUAUGAUGUUUUGUCAUCUCUAAAUUCUUCGCGGCCGGUCUCUCAGUCUUCGACGCCUGCACCUCUCGUCUCACAGCAGCUACAGCAACAACAACAACAACAGCAGCAGCAGACGGCCACUCCACCACCUGCGGACCCAUUUGCUGCCCUUGUCUCGGCCAGUCCUAGAGUCUCGUCUCCUUUCUCAAAACCGCCUCAGUAUGGCCAGCCGCAAGGACCAGCGUCGUCGUCAUUACUUGACCUGGCCGGUGGGGAGUCCUCGUCUCAACAUGUCUCCCAGCAGGCUACAGGCACGAAAAAUGCUGCUGGAGAUGACGAAUGGACGUUCACCUCGUCGUUGCCGGAAAGCUCCUUGCCAAGCACCAACAAAGUGCAGGUGUUGAACUCAUCGUUGCGGAUCGAGUUCGCGGCUCGUCGGAAUCCUGGCCAUCCUCGGCAGAUUCAUGUGGUAGCCCUAUUUUCCAACGCGACGAGCCGACCGUUGAGCGAGCUGCAUUUCCAGGUCGCAGUGGAGAAGACGUACAAGCUGCAGCUGCGGCCUCAGUCGGGCCGAGACAUCGGCCCACUGCAGCAGAACGGCGUGCAGCAGGACUUGCUACUGGACGGGGUGGAUGCAGGCAAAGGGAACUCGGUGAAGAUUCGCUUUAGGGUCUCCUACAAAGUCGGGACGGAGGCUAAGGAGGAACAGGGAAUGGUACCGCCGUUGGGUAUCUCCUGAGAAUGGUUUGUAUGCUUGGCCAUGAUGGGGUCCUAGGUCACGAUGCUAUUCUCGGACCUCAUCUAGAUCCUGUGGACCAUGUAUCGUCUGGGAAUACUUUGAUUGACUCCUUAUCAGAAUUUCGUUUGCCCCAUAUUGUUUUUGGUCAGUCCAGCAAGCGAGACCGUUGUAUGUCCGUCUGAGUUGAGAUAACCAAUCACGCUUUUGUCAAUUGAGUCCAAUGACACGAUCUCUCCGCCGUGUUGUCGUGCCUAGAAUUUCUUUUUCUC